AGCCCCUCAGACAUCCAGCAGCAGAUUCAUGACUCUGGGAGUGACAGUAUAAAGGAGCAGAGUUGCCUGCAGCAUCUCUCACAGAUUCUACACAGCAUUACCCCUGAAGUUUGAAGCAAGUUUGAAGAUGUCGAAUGAGAGGAACCCUGAGGUGGUGAGCUGCGAAGCCUCCAUCAUGAAGAACGUGUGGGAGAUCCGAGCGAGAGAGUACGACCAGAAGUUGCAGCAGGAGCACGAACGAAGAGAGAAGAGCGCUCUGUCCUCUAUUAACCAGGAUUGGGAAAAUCGUUUGGCUGCUAGACAGGGACAUUACAAAAGGGUGGAGAGGAAACCUAAACCUGCUGACAAUCAGACCGACAGCAACAAUGUCUGGAAGAGCAAGCUACCACAGGCUGCUCCUACUCUUCCUCGUGGUAAAGGUUCAGGUCCAAUCGGAAGACCAGGAGGCCAAAGCAGAGGCUUCUCCACUCCAGCCCCCAACUCCAAGGACAAAAAGGGGCAGGACAAUGAUUUUAAAAGGCUACAAUUACUCAUGUUUAUCAGCCAGACUCAACCUUCUGCUAUGGUGUGGGGGAAAUCAUGGAAGUACAACAAAUGCUUGCCAUUACCAGCAGAGGGCGAUGAAGCUAGAUCAAACUGGGGCCAGUGCUGGAUGUUUGCUACCCAGCAGCCUCACACUGAAGCAGACACCCCUUGGCUAAAUGGACCCAACCCCAACUUGAUGGAUGCUGACAGCCUCCAUCUCUGGAAGAAACCUGACUACCGGAUGGUGGAAUCACAAGACCUAGACUUAAGUAUUCCCACUGAGGAGUGGCAGAUGUCCUGGAGAAAAUCAGGCAAAAACAAGAUGGAGGAUGCAUCUUCCAUAAAUGGAAAUGUCGCAAAAUUUGGAUUCUUCACCUCACUGGUGGAGACCCAGCACCAAAAUGAAGCCUUGUCCUCAUCAGAGUGGAGCGAGUCAUGGAAAUCCACCAAGCCAGCAAGUCAGCAGGAUCCCUUUUCUGUUUCAAAUGAUGGUCUAAUGAAUGAGUAUAUUGCUGAAAAGCAGGAUAAUGAUAGAGGGAUGAGCUCCGAGUGGGAAGAAUGUUGGAGGCUUGUCAACCACCAUGGCUGCAACGAAUCCAAGUUGCCUCAAAAAUCUCACAAUCCAGAGUGGGCCGAUUCAUGGAAAGCAGCCAUGGUGGUCUUCAACAACCACAAGAAUUCAGAUCCCUCUCUAAGGCAAGAUAACAGUGGUACCUAUGAGGAUCACAGCCAGCUGAGAGAGUCACAUCUCCACAAAGUCAUGCUUGUGUCUCGUGAGCAGAAACAUAGAGAUCUGUACGUCCAGCUCUGCAAAGAAUUUAAUGCUCUGUCUGAGUGGAGCAAGUCUUGGCAGGUGACCAAAAACAAUUCAAAACCAUGUGAAGAAAUAGAGAAAGUCCUGAAGAACUUGCCACCAAGGAUGGAGACUGCUUUGGAGACUCAAAAGGUGGAGAACAACACAAAGGAGCAUUAUUCAACAUUGGAGAAAGCAGACUCAUGCUAUGAGCAACUGAAACAUGAUGUGAUCUAUCACCCAAAGAAAGAAUUUGCUCAAUCUAAGCUGCGCCAUCUGAAACACCUGGAAAAUGUUAUGUCUGCCACAGAAUGGAUUAACUCCUGGAAGACACUGAAACACAGAAUGAGAAUGGAGAGAAGAAGAAUGAGGCCUGACCCUUCGAGGCCUUUCAGGGGAUCUGAGCAGGGAGGAGACAUGAAGCCCAAUACCUCAGAGUGGAAAGACUCGUGGAAAUUCACCUCUCAGCCCUUGCGCCAGGAGCCAGAGCCUUGGCAGCAGGGUUGGUCCUCCACGCCCCAAAUCCGAGUAGAUCAUGCUAGGGUUCAGAACCACUUUGCGCCUGUGGAACACCCUAAGAAUGGGCCAACCGUGGAGCGCAUUUGGGGAGAAUCAUGGAGGUUCUCGAGGCGCCAGCACCAAUCAGAACCUGGGCAGGGAAGGGCCCAAACCAGCCAAGCAAGUUCAAGUGUGGCUUCCCACCAUCCUGGUGUUUUACAGGCACAGAGAAGGUAUGCUAGGUCAGUUAAUGAUUGGCAGGUGGCCUGGAUGGUCUCAGAAACUCAGUUCCACCAUGACAGACCCUCCUUAACCCAGUGGAGGGAAGCCUGGAGGUGGUCUGUCUUUCACACAGAGCACUGGACUGAGCAAGUGGCUAGAGAGAAUGACGUGGAUGUGUUAAUGGAGAUUCAACCUAAGAGAGAGAAGAUUUCCUUGCAGAGAGCCAAAGCUAAAAUGAGCCGGUCUUUUGACAACCAGAUGUUCAGGGAAAGAUAUCCUGAGAAACAGUGGGAGGCUUCAUGGAGAGCUGGGUCACUUCUGAGCCAUCAAAAUAGUCAUUAUGGAUCUUCAGGGAUACCUGGAAAAAGCUUGAGCGGCAUUACUCAGCAGCAACAUACCACUGACAAUGAGCAUGGAUCUAAGUGGGGAAGGUCGUUCAGGAUCGCCAACCCCAUGCCCCACAUGGAGCAACCCUGGGUGGAGUCCUCUCCUAACCAAUGUCACUAUACAGUAAUGUGGUCAAGAGGAAAGAACAUACAGAACAACAUCAACAAAAACUUAAGCAACAACCCCGCAACCCUCAAGCUAUGGGAAAAUUCCCAUCGGUUCCUGCAGGGGGCCAGUGCACAGAUCAAAGACAAAACGUCUAAGGCACCUGUUGACCCCAGGGUGAUUAUCCCAAACCUGGCCAAAUCAAGGAAGCAUUUGUACUCUAACACUGAGAAGGAGAAACAAUCAGAGAAGAAGUGGGCAGGAUGCCACCUGUUGGGUAAAACUCAACCACGUCCCAAGAGAGGCCGUGCUUCCGGAAAGACACUUAAGAUGGAGGACAAAACCGCAGAAAAGUUCUUUGAGGAGUGGGUAGAAUCUUGGAGGCUCUCAGUCCGGCCUGGUGGUCUGAAAAAGCAGAUGCCUGUCAAAUCGUUCUCAGGUUGGGAUGAGUCAUGGAAGUGCCUCAUUCCACCAUACCCGCCGAUCAACGGCCCCAAGGCCAAAUAGAAGGCACGGCUCAGUCAACUGUCAGCUCAGUCAAAACUUGCCACACAUAAACCAUGUUAAUUAAUAAAAAUAUUUGAAUAAUUUA